UGAGCUCCCCAUCCCUGCGGAUAUGCAAACCGGUGCCGGGCUGCUUGCGGGUCGAGGCCCAGCCCGCCGAGCCCUUCCCGGGCUGCCUCCCGCCUCCCGCCCGCGGCCGGGGCGGGCGGGGCGGGGGCUGCUAUUUCGGGCCGGAGAGCGCAGGCCGCGCCGCCAUAUUCCCUCCCGCCGGCCGCCCGCGGCGCGCAGCCACCAUGAGCACCGCCGCCUUCCACAUCGCCAGCCUCCUGGAGAAGAUGACGUCCAGCGACAAGGACUUCAGGUUCAUGGCCACCAGCGACCUGAUGUCAGAGCUGCAGAAGGAUUCCAUCCAGCUGGACGAGGACAGUGAGCGCAAGGUAGUGAAGAUGCUGCUGCGGCUGCUGGAGGACAAGAAUGGGGAGGUGCAGAAUCUGGCGGUCAAGUGCUUGGGCCCUCUGGUGGGCAAAGUGAAGGAGUACCAGGUGGAGACCAUCGUGGAUGCCCUCUGUGCCAAUAUGCGGUCAGACAAGGAGCAAUUGCGAGACAUCGCGGGCAUCGGCCUCAAGACUGUCCUCUCGGAGCUGCCCCCUGCAGCCACAGGCUCUGGACUGGCCAGCAAUGUGUGUCGGAAGAUCACGGGCCAGCUCACCUGCGCCAUCACCCAGCAGGAAGACGUGGCCAUGCAGCUGGAAGCCCUGGACAUCCUCUCUGACAUGCUGAGCAGGCUAGGUGCCCCGCUAGGCGCCUUCCACGCCAGCCUUUUGCAUUGCCUGCUGCCACAGCUCAGCAGCCCACGCCUGGCUGUGCGUAAACGGGCGGUAGUGGCGCUCGGCCACCUGGCGGCUGCCUGCAACACGGACUUGUUCGUCGAACUCGCCGACCAUCUGCUGGACCGGCUGCCCGGCCCGCGUGCGCCUGCCAGCCCGGCUGCCAUCCGCACCCUGAUCCAGUGCUUGGGCAGCGUUGGACGCCAGGCCGGUCACCGCCUCGGGGCGCACGUGGACCGCCUGGUGCCCCUAGUGGAGGAAUUCUGCCACCUGGAUGACGACGAGCUCCGGGAGUCCUGCCUCCAAGCCUUUGAAGCCUUUUUGCGGAAGUGCCCCAAGGAGAUGGGCCCUCAUGUGCCCGGCGUGACCAGCCUGUGCCUCGAGUACCUGAAGCAUGACCCCAACUACAAUUACGACAGUGAAGAGGAAGAGGAGCAGAUGGAGACGGAGGACAGCGAGUGCAGCGAGCCAGAGAGCGAGGCCGAGUACAGUGACGACGACGACAUGAGCUGGAAGGUACGCCGGGCGGCAGCCAAGUGCCUGGCCGCCCUGAUCGGCUCACGGCCGGACCUGCUGCCCAAUUUCCACCGCACCCUGGCACCUGCGCUCAUCUGCCGCUUCAAGGAACGGGAGGAGAACGUCAAGGCGGACGUCUUUGGGGCUUACGUGGUGCUGCUGCGGCAGACUCGGCCCCCCAAGGGGUGGCUGCAGGCCGUGGAGGAGCCCGCCCAGACUGGGAGCAACCUGCACAUGCUGCGGGCACAGGUUCCCGUCGUGGUUAAGGCCUUGCAGCGGCAGCUGAGGGACAGGAGCGUCAGGUGCCGCCAGGGCUGCUUCAGCCUCUUGGGCGAGCUGGCAGCUGUCCUCCCAGGCAGCCUGGCAGAGCACAUGCCCGUGCUUGUGGCAGGCACCGUCUUCUCCCUGACCGACCGCACUAGCUCCUCCACCAUCCGGAUGGAUGCCCUAGCCUUCCUGCAGGGACUGCUGGGCACAGAGCCGGCUGAGGCCUUCCACCUGCACCUGCCCACCCUCCUGCCUCCGGUGUUGGCCUGCGUGGCUGACUCUUUCUACAAGAUUGCAGCCGAGGCCCUGCUGGUGCUGCAAGAGCUCGUGCGGGCCCUGUGGCCUCUGGACAGGCCUCGCACACUUGACCCCGAGCCGUACGUGGGAGAGAUGUCCACAGCCACCCUGGCACGGCUCCGUGCCACCGACCUGGACCAGGAGGUGAAGGAGCGGGCCAUCUCCUGCAUGGGCCACCUCGUGGGCCACCUGGGUGACCGGCUUGGAGACGACCUACAGCCCACGCUACUCCUCCUGCUGGAGCGCCUGCGGAACGAGAUCACCCGGCUGCCCGCCGUCAAGGCACUGACCCUGGUAGCCAUGUCCCCACUGCGGCUGGACCUACAGCCCAUCCUGGCCGAGGCACUGCCCAUCCUGGCCUCGUUCCUACGCAAGAAUCAGCGGGCGCUGCGGCUGGCCACACUGGCUGCCCUGGAUGCUCUGGCCCAAAGCCACGGACUCAGCCUUCCCCCAGCCGCCGUGAAGGCCGUGCUGGCUGAGCUGCCCGCCCUGGUCAGCGAGAGUGACAUGCAUGUGGCCCAGCUGGCUGUGGACUUCCUGGCCACUGUGACCCAGGCCCACCCAGCCUCCUUGGCAGAGGUCAGCGGCCCUGUGCUCUCGGAGUUACUGCGGCUGCUCCGGUCACCCCUGCUGCCCGCAGGGGUGCUGGCAGCUGCUGAGGGCUUCCUGCAGGCCCUGGUGGGGACCCGGCCACCAUGUAUGGACUACGCCGAGCUCAUCCGCCUGCUCACUGCGCCUGUGUACGAGCAGGCUGCAGACGGUGGGCCCGGGCUGCACAAGCAGGUGUACCACUCACUGGCACGGUGUGUGGCAGCCCUCUCAGCUGCCUGUCCCCAGGAAGCAGCAGGCACGGCUAGCCGCCUGGUCUGCGAUGCCAAGUCACCCCGCUCGAGUCCAGCUGUCAAGGUCCUGGCUUUCCUCUCGCUGGCCGAGGUGGGCCAGGUGGCUGGACCGGGCCCCCAGCGCGAGCUGAAGUCGGUGCUGCUGGAAGCCUUGGGCUCACCCAGCGAGGACGUGAGGACCGCAGCCUCCUAUGCGCUGGGCCGUGUGGGCGCUGGCAACCUGCCCGACUUUCUGCCCUUCUUGCUGGCUCAGAUUGAGGCCGAGCCACGGCGCCAGUACCUGUUGCUGCACUCGCUCCGGGAGGCCCUGGGAGCCGCCCAGCCCGACAGCCUGAAGCCCUACGCAGAGGACGUCUGGGCCUUGCUGUUCCAGCGCUGUGAGGGGGCCGAGGAGGGCACUCGGGGCGUGGUGGCUGAGUGCAUCGGGAAGCUUGUCCUGGUGAACCCGCCCUUCCUCCUGCCCCGCUUCCGGAAGCAGCUUGCUGCAGGUCGGCCGCACACCCGGAGCACCGUCAUCACAGCAGUCAAGUUCCUCAUCUCAGACCAGCCACAUCCCAUCGACCCCCUCCUGAAGAGUUUCAUAGGGGAGUUCAUGGAGAGCCUGCGGGACCCCGACCUCAACGUGCGCCGCGCCACGCUGGCCUUCUUCAACUCGGCUGUGCACAACAAGCCCUCACUGGUGCGGGACCUGCUGGGCGACAUCCUGCCCCUCCUCUACCAGGAGACCAAGGUCCGCCGGGACCUCAUCCGUGAGGUGGAGAUGGGGCCCUUUAAGCACACGGUGGACGACGGGCUGGACGUGCGCAAGGCGGCCUUUGAGUGCAUGUACUCACUGCUCGAGAGCUGCCUGGGCCAGCUGGACAUCUGCGAGUUCCUGAACCACGUGGAGGACGGGCUCAAGGACCACUAUGACAUCCGGAUGCUCACCUUCAUCAUGCUUGCCCGCCUGGCUACCCUGUGUCCCAUGCCCGUCCUGCAGAGGGUGGACCGGCUCAUUGAGCCCCUCAGGGCCACCUGCACUGCCAAGGUCAAAGCUGGUUCCGUGAAGCAGGAGUUUGAGAAACAAGACGAACUGAAGCGCUCAGCCAUGAGGGCCGUGGCUGCCCUGCUGACCAUCCCCGAGGUGGGCAAGAGCCCCAGCAUGGCCGACUUCUCCUCUCAGAUCCGCUCCAACCCCGAGCUGACGGCCCUCUUUGAAAGCAUCCAGAAGGACCCCACUUCAGGGUCCAGCAUGGACUCGGUGGAGCUCAGCUAGGGCAGCCCCCCCUCGGGGAGGGAGCCCCAGCCUCUAACUGUGCCCUCCGACUGGGGGCCCCAGUCUCCGCUCCCAGUGCCUUCUCCAGGGACCCAUGCCAAG